AUGUCGGUCCCCUUCCGUUCUCGGGCUGACUCCCCACACCCCUUCCGCCUCGAACGACCGCCUCUUGCCCGAGCUAAGAGAUUUAGACAAGAGACGACAGAAAACGCACACUCUCCAACACCCAACCCUCCACUAAAAACUCGUUAUAUUGAUAUGCUUUUACAAUUGGAUACAAUAUCAACUCUCCAUAAUAUCCUUGCAGGUGUGUCUACGUGGCUUCUACUUGCUGGCUAUAUGGUUCUGCCAGGGACGUUCACAUCGAUCCGCAAUUCUCGUGCCCUCCUAGAGGAGGCGGGGAAGGCCGGGAAAGCAGUAGUAAAAGCCGCGCAAAACGUACCGCUGCUAUGGCUUGCUGGGAUCUGUUGUAUUCUUGGGGCAGCUGGAAUGUGUUGUUUAUGGCCUGGUCUGCUUAACUCGGCCGCUGGUUUCCUUGCUACUAUGGUUAAUAUCUAUACUGCUCGUAGCGGAUAUUGGUCUAUUAGCGCUAUUGUUACAGCGACAGUUACAGGAAGCUGCACAACUAUUAUGAUAGUGAUAUUCGUGGUUUAUGACAAAUGGCUGUUGACCAAUAUUAAGAAAGAACACGAGAAACUAAAGAAACAAGCUAUGAGGGGACGGACUUUAGAAACUAUUACUUUAUAA